CAACAGAAGAGAAAGAAGACUCGAACAACUGUGUUUCCACUAGAUUGCACAGCCACAGUCAAAAUUGGCUAUAUCGUAAAGAUUCAUGAAAACUACUUUUUUGGUCUCCGUUUAAGGUUACGGCUAGGUUUAAAAUGACAUUUAGAAUAUAAAUUGUAGAAAACGGCGGGGUUUGACUUUGUGGCUGUGGUAACUAGUGACGGCCAGUCGGCUGUCCCAUACUUCCGCUGCAGUGGAUUGUAAACAGAAUCUAAAAAUAUGGCCAUACGCUGUCUUUUCUCGGCUCGGAAAAAUCUCAACUGCGUCGGCAGAUUACAACUCUUCUUGUCGAAUGAUUGCAGCGCCGUGAUUGGCCUCUACAGCACAGCAGCAAAGCAGUGGGGAACAGGUGAUGAUUGCCAUGGUGAUGACACCACAGAUGACUCCAGCCAUGCGGGGACCAAUGUGAGACUGCUGGAGAUGAGAGCCAGCAAGCUGGAGGAGCAGGUCAGGGAGCUGACGGAAAGAUACAAAAGGGUCCUGGCUGACUCUGACAACGUUCGAAGAAGAACUCAGAAGUUUGUUCAAGACGCCAAGAUAUUUGGGAUCCAGAGUUUCUGCCGUGACCUGGUGGAGGUGGCUGACCUGUUGAAGCAGACGACAGGAAACCUGCAGGGGGAGGAGGUCCAGAGACUGGCCCAGGUCAAGGACCGGCUGCAGGGGGUCUUCACAAAGCACGGUCUGGAGAAGAUGAGCCCUGUUGGGGCUAAAUACGACCCCUACCAGCACGAGAUAGUGUGCCACACUCCUGCUGAGGGAGAGGAGCCUGGCACCGUUGCUGUGGUGAAGCAGGAUGGGUACAAGCUCCAUGGACGCACCAUCAGGCAUGCCCAGGUGGGCAUUGCUGUGAUGACACAGGAGCAGGACUAAGGCUUGUGCUAGUCUCUGACCUCUCUCUAGUACUUCACGGUCGUCUGCACCUGACAGAUCCAGCUUUGCAACAAUCCUUUCAGUUACUUAAAUGUUUUUCAUGUGGUUUGUUUCAAUUUUGUCACUUUCUCUAGAUUAAUUGUGUACAUAUGUAUUUGUGUAUUUGAUAGUUUUUCCUGUAUUUUUUUUUUUUACUUGAUCUGAAAAUAGGGUCACUGUCACAUGUUCUUCUAGAAGUACUUUAACUUUGAGACUGUGCCCAUCUUUGUUCUUUUUAAGUGUUUUUUAAAUAUAUAAUUGUUUGUAUAUUUUUUGGGGGGGUUUGAUAACAUGUUGAGCUACAAUAUCUUGUUCGUAUCCCAUGGAUUUGCAGGACUGACGACGGCAAGUCUUUACUUAGCUUGGCUAGCUAUAGCUAGCUAGUUAAUCUAAAUUUGAAUGAUGCACCGGAUGUUUGUUCCACCUGUCCCGGUUUCUGGAAGGAUGCGGACUGCGCUGUGCUGACAGAGGCUCGUCUCAUAGGAGACUGCCAAAGCAUCACUCAGGUGGGUGCUACACUUUCGUUGGUGGAUGUUCCAGCCUAUACAGAGGAGUAGCUGUGAACUUAAGCGACAGAAGUGCCUGAUGAAAAGCUCCGGGCCUGCCUGUCUGACUGAUGGCUGUACCAUCGAUGCCACCACCAACACUCAAGUUACUCCUAUCUGUGGAAGACCAUCUCCCAUGAACUGCCAGCUGCCUGAAUAGUUUUUUGAGAUUCUGUAUGAAAAGCGCUAGCUAUAUAAACAAAAUAUUAUUAUUAUUAGUCAUAUGAAUGUGUUCGCUAUUUACUAACAUUCCCAGAUAUGUGUAGAUACUUAAUGAUAUUGUUAUACCUCAUAAGACCUGGUUGAUGAAACAUUUAGUUUACUUAGUAAUGUGGAAGUUGUGUACGUUUGGAGAGGUAGUAUUAUUUACACUGCCCUCCAGAAUUGUGGUUGUUUCUGUAUGUGAGCAAGUAACAAUGAAGUUCUUGAUGUUUGAGAGAAUCUGUGAUCUUACAGAUUGGGAUGGUUGUGUAGAAUGUGCAGUUACCUGUAUCUUAUAUGAAGGUUGCACCUUUUACAUUGAAAAUGUUGGGAUUUAUGUAUUUAUUCAGACAAUGUGUUUAGCAUUACCCAAAGAGCAAUGUGUAUAUUUUGAUGAUGCAGCUAUGAAAUAGUUUCAGUUAGGCAGGUUUGGAUCCUCUACCCUACCCUUCUCUCCACUUUUCUUUAUCUGGCCUUCUUCGUCUGGUCCUUUUAAUGGAAAUUGUACUUUGAUUGAUGCACUUGAUUUGAUGUACAGUGCCUUCCGACUCUAAUAUGAAUAAAACUAUUUAAAGUGUG